AUGGCAGACAUCAUCAAGGGCUUCUUCGGAGGGCCCAAGUCCGCUGCGCCGUCUGCCGCAGACGAUGACUUCGCAGACUUUGCCGGCGCACCCUCUCCAGUCCCAGUCUCCUCCUCCCUCACGUCCAGUGUCCCUCCAUCCCCCGCCUUCGCCGCGACCACUGGCACUCCAGUCCCUUACACGGCCUGGUACCGCGUGUGGGAGCGCACGACGAUCAAUGACUUCCGCCAGGAGAUGUACAUUGCGCCAUUCAUCCUCCUCGUCAUCCUUGUGCAUGUCUGGGGCACUAAGACGAACCGGCGCAAGGCGCGCGGAUGGAUCACCUCACACGCGCCAAUCCUGCACCAGGAGUUUGCGUUGGUGGGCUUCGGGGUACGACCGAAGGCACCGACCGCGGACGAUGUGAGUGCCAUGGGACUGCGACAGGCGGCUGAAGCUGCGGCUGCGAAGGGAGACACAUCGUCCUUGCUGAAGGAAAAGGCGGCGAAUGAGUUCACGAGCUAUGCGACUGGCCGCCAGAAUGUCGCGUUUGUGGACUUUAAGAUUAGCAUGUACAAGCGCUACAACCCGCUGGUGUGGCUAGGAGAAGUGGCGUUUUCUCUGUUCUUCGAGAGCUUGCCGGCGCCGGAGGAGAGGGUUGAGGCGACAUUGUAUCUGUUUGACGGGCGUGAGACCAAGCUUGUGCCAGGCGGAGAGACUCUGAAAAAAGUUGGGAACUCGCAUGUGGAUGGCUUUGUAUGGGGCAUCGUCCACAAGGAUCUCAUGAGGCGCUUGCGGGAGGAUCGCUACGACCUCAGUCUCACAACCACUAAGGACCACGAGAAGUUGCCUGUGUGGGCUACCAUCAUGAGCGAGAGCGCCGAAGUCACGACUACGCUGUUGACGCCCGAGUUGAUCAAGGCUGUGGAGCAGGCGGGAGAGCUUUUGGAGGCAUUGGUCAUUAGUGACCAGCCGCAAGACCAGCCAAAGAAACUGGACGAUACAAUCCCGAAGAAGCGCAUCUCUCUCUCCAUGAAGCUUCCCUCAAAUGCAAGCGACUACGAAGCCACCUUGCCCAUCUUCCAGUACUUCCUGCGCAUGUCCGAUCAUCUCGCCUCCGUCGCCCACUUCCGCCCCGAAGCUAUGCGCCGCAUUCGCCAGACCCGCGAAGACGAGAUCCGCAAGAUCAAGAAGGUUGACGAGCAGGAGAAGGCCGAGGAGCGUAAGCUCGAAGCCGACAAGGCCAAGAAGGAGAAGCGGGAGAACCUGCUGAAAGGCAUGAGCGCUGACGAGCAGCGGAAGUUUUUGGAGAAAGAGCGGGAGAAGGAUAUGAGGAGGAGCCAGAAGAAGACGACCGUGAAGGGGUAG